CGUUUGCUCAUAUCAAGGUACGACGCACAAACCCGGUACAUUGAGUCGCGGCGUUGGAUUGCGAGAGGUAAGCCAUUGCCGCUGUUUGCUGCUACUUGCCCCGUGCAUACCGCCGCAGCUCAGCCCCCGAUGCCUGUCGGCGCCGUCCCUAGCCAUGAUGUGAACGACGUUGCUGCUCGUUCGCAAGUGAUACCCUCUCCUUGACGAAGUUCGCAUCCGCCAUCAAUCUCGCCAAUCCUCCAUCUCGGGCAUGUUGCCCUUAGUACAGACGCACCCUCGCGUGGUGCCAACCAAUUUCGACGCAUUCGGGGCCUCGAACAGCAGCCAUGGCGCCCGGCCAGAACAAGAGAGGCGAGCCAUCGCGUCUCCCUACCAUCGCCCCUCCACCAUCCGACCGUUUCAGCUGCAGUAUGACAGUUCGGCCAUUUCUGCCGGCUCAAGCUCCCGAGACUACGACUAUCACUUGCGUAGGAAAACGCCCAGAGGCACCAUCGACGCGGGAUACGAUGGAUCGCCAACGCAGCUGUCGCUUGGCCCGCCACCGCUGAAGCAGCUGAUACUUCCAACGCCCUCAGGGAUAUACCCAUACUUGCCGCCAAAUAAUAUUCCUUUUCACGCAAAGUCCCGUCUUUCAGAGCACGAGCAGAGGAGUCUGGGACAAGCUCCUCCUCUGACAUCACCAUGGCCUGUUGUCCAAGAAAGGCCAAACUUUGUUCUUAGUAGCGAUUCCUCUAUUCCCCUUCAACAACCUAAUCUCUCCUGGCAGUCAAACGGAUACCCCAUGUUCAGCCAGAUCCCAGGCAUGUACCAACCGCUUAUGAGGGCGGCCGAGUACAAUGUGCGAGCCUUCUGCCCGCCGCCUGCCUCAGCAGCGGACGCUGCAACGAUCAAUCAGUUUGGCUGGCAGCCAGGCUCUAUGCAGCCAAUCUCCACGCAGCCAAACUAUGGAUACUUUGAUACCUCUUCGCAGUUUUCACAGUGGUUUAUGCCCCCGGGCGCCCCCGGAAGCUUUUUGCAGCCUCAGAGAUCGGAUCCUCAGCUGUUGAGUAGAUCUACUGCAGAUUUGAAGACCAACGCCAAUGUCCCACGGUCCUCCCAGCCAAUGCUGCACGGAGGUUAUGGGGGCCAGAAUGUAAUUGCGCACGCUUCCUCUGCCACCAAGCAGUAUACUUCUCGAUCGAGCUUUACAGAAAAAGCACUAUCGCAAGCGCAAGAACAUUAUGUUGAACUGCUCUCCUACCUGCAAACCGCAAGGAAGUUUGAUCAGAUGACUGGCGCCAAUUCCAACGCCAGAUCCAAAAUCUUGGUAUUUCCCAGACCCCCAAAGUCCCGAAAAGUCAAUUUUGGUGCUCUACAGGAUGCUCAUGGCAGUACUGGACGAUCCAACAUUUCCACAUUCACACCGAAGAACCACCCCCGGGCUCUUACAUCUAACAUUGAGGAUACAUUGAACAAUAAUAUGAGACAGCAGAUAGGGCAAAGUGCCCAUGGAGAGAUUCACCAGCCAAGUACGUCAGCAAUUCAUUUCGGUGCUUCACCUACCACAUAUCCCCCACCUUCGUCCUUUGAUACACUUGGUCCGGCUGCCAUGGCAAAAGCCUUGCCGGUUGUUAAUGCAAGAAACUCUUUAAAUCUACUUAAAAGUCUAUGUGAGCAAAGCCAUUGGAAAUGGAUUGAUGGAAUUUUACUCGGUGGGUGUCUUUUAUAUGGCCUAUCGCGGUUCGAGGAUGCCGUAGAAUGGUUCUCGAGAGUUCUUGCUCUAGAUUCAAGCCAUGUUGAGGCUAUCACAAAUAUAGCCGCUACGCUUUAUUGUCUUAACCGCCAAGAAGAAGCUGAAAAGCAUUGGUUAAAUGCUAUCAAGCUAUGUCCCUCUCAUUUAGAAGCUACAGAACAGCUCGUUGGGUUGCUUUACAAGAAACGUAGCCGAGAAGCGAUCGAAAUUAUUUGCUUUGUGCAACAAGCGCUGAAAUUGCCAAAGGAACGCUCCACUCAGACUACGUACUCUGCCCCAGGCUUUCGUUCCGUGCCUUGCGAUGAUGAGCAGACGAGGAAUGUGCGCGUCCAACAACCAGUUAUUACGAACCACGGCUACCACCCUGAGUCUGCGCCUCGAAUAGACGGCCAUAACCUGGAUGGCUCCGAGUUCGGGUCCAGCGGAUACGCGCUCCCCAACAGUGAAAAUGGCAGAAUUUUAGCAUUAGUUCAUGCUAAAGGCACAAUAUUGUACGGCUUGAAGGAUAUUGAAAGAGCCUCCGAGGCAUUCGAAGAAGCCGUCUUGAUCAGCGUUGGAGACCGGAUAAAAAGUGUCCAAGAUCUGGUGAAUCGAAUCCAUGUUGUGCUUUCUCCAGCAGGGUCUUUCCCCGCCAGUAAUAAUCAAGGACAAGCUUCACGGCGACCUCUUUUGCUACCCCCAGAAAAGGCCCGUCAGACUGCCCAUCUUGUCUUUGCUGGCGGUGGAGGUGGCAGCGAGUUACCAGGACUGGCAUUUGUUCCCGAGGGCGCCGCCAGGCGAGUUGCUGUACAAACGACUAGCAAUGCUUUACUUUCACUAGCAAAGAUUUUCCAAGAUGCUACGUCUGGCGGUGGCAUCGCUCCAAGUCUGCUCAGACAGCCUUCGGGGAUCGGGGAUAUCCUAGCGUUGUACUAUCUCUCUCUCUCUCUCCAAGAAAGCCCUUCUACUGCAAAUAACAUCGGUAUACUCCUUGCCGGCGUGCAACAGAUUGGUUCCAACAAUGUCGGUGCGUCGGGGAUGGCAUCGUCCCGGCCUAGUCUGCCUGGUAUUGUGCCUGGCAGCGGCCUUGCCCUCGCUUUGGCAUACUAUAACUAUGGGCUUCGUCUUGACCCUAGACAUGUUCACCUGCACACGAACCUUGGAAGCCUGCUGAAAGAUGUUGGGCAAUUAGAUCUGGCAAUUCAAAUGUAUGAGCGAGCAGUCUCCUGCGACCGAACCUUCGACAUCGCUUUGACCAACUUGGCCAAUGCAGUAAAAGACAAAGGUCGUAUAAAGGACGCCAUUGCGUACUACAGGCGAGCUGUAGAAGCGAAUCCAGGAUUCGCCGAAGCCGUCUGCGGGCUUUUGACAGCUCUCAACUCUGUAUGCGACUGGCGUGGCAGAGGAGGAGCGCUUCUCGAAUCGGGUCAAUAUGACCGAUGGCACGUUGAUGAGGACGGCACUCUUGUAGAUGUGCAGACAGCCAUGCGUGGAAGCGGCCUAACGCAACGCGUGAUUGGAAUCAUCAACCAGCAGCUAGGUGAUGCAUCACAAUGGGGCUGUAAUAUACUACAGCAACCGACAAUUCGUAUGUUGGCGCAGCAGCUGCACGGCCUCCCGCGCACACCGGGAUUUGACCUUGAGAAUGCGCUGCGGGCUUGGGCUCAUAAACCGUGGGAAGGCCCGCGCUUGGUGCGUCUCGUGGAGCGGGCUACAAGAGUACUUCUCUGGACGUGGUAUCAUGACAAGUACGUUGCCAAGAGAGAGACCACGUCUUCGCGCUAUCUGCGGCCUCAACUACCCUCUUCUCUCACCAUACCGUCUGCGCCGACUGUGCUUCCUUUCCACACUUUCACAUACCCAUUGUCUGCUAAAGACAUACGAUCGAUUUCCCAGCGCAAUGCAAUGCGUAUAUCAUGUUCGACUCUUCGGUCCCCUUGGCUGCCGCCUACUGUAUAUCCGCCACCGCCGCCGCCAAGUCCCCAUUUGAAUGUUGGAUACGUGUCGUCAGACUUUAACAAUCAUCCACUGGCUCAUUUAAUGCAAUCCGUGUUCGGGUUCCAUAACCCUCAGCGAGCUCGCGCUUUCUGCUAUGCUACUACGCCUAGUGACAAAUCUGUCCAUCGACAACAGAUUGAGAGAGAGGCUCCUGUGUUUCGCGAUGUUAGUUCUUGGCCAGCAGAUAAGCUUAUCCAACAGAUUAUCCAAGACGAAAUUCACAUCUUGGUCAAUCUUAAUGGUUACACCAGAGGUGCUCGCAAUGAGAUAUUCGCUGCUCGCCCAGCCCCAAUUCAGAUGUCCUUUAUGGGAUUUGCGGGAACUCUUGGCGCAGAAUGGUGCGAUUAUAUACUUGCUGAUGCAACAGCUGUCCCACAAAGUACUUUGCGUCCUUGGAGAGCAAACGUCAGCAUCGAGGAUGUAUUUUUCGACAAUACCGAAGGCGAUGACCUCUCGUGGAUGUAUUCGGAGAAUAUCAUAUUUUGUCGGGAUACCUUCUUCUGUUGUGACCAUGCACAGUCAUGCGACCGUGGUGAGCGGGAUGUAACAUGGGAGGAUGAAGAGAAACGCAGGUGGCAGAUGCGCAAGGAGCUAUUUCCGGCUAUACCAGAUGAUGCAAUCAUACUAGCCAACUUCAAUCAACUGUACAAGAUUGACCCUACCACUUUCCGUUCUUGGUUGCGAAUUCUAGCGAGGACGCCCAAAGCCCUACUCUGGCUGCUACGGUUCCCCGAAUUAGGAGAAGUCAAUCUGCGCCGAACAGCUGAAGCUUGGGCCGGGGCAGAAGUUGCUAGCCGACUAAUCUUUACUGAUGUAGCGCCAAAGAGCCAACACAUCACCAGGGCGAGAGUGUGCGAUCUAUUCCUUGAUACGGCGGAAUGUAACGCUCAUACUACUGCCGCUGAUGUUUUGUGGUCAAGCACUCCGCUUCUCACUUUGCCUCGAUAUUCUUACAAGAUGUGCUCUCGAAUGGCUGCGUCUAUCUUGCGAGGGGCGCUUCCUAAGACACCCGAAGGCGAUCAAGCAGCAUUGGAGCUGAUUGCAGAAAACGAGACGGAGUAUGAAGAUUCAGCCACUGAACUAGCCGGAGGCUUGAGUUAUACGGUCACAGACGAAGGGUAUGGCCAAGGCACGGGGCGUCUAGCAGAAAUUAGAAAGCUGUUAUGGGAUAGCAGAUGGCAAUGUGGGCUCUUCAACACUCGGCGGUGGGUUAACGAUUUGGAGUCAGCCUAUGAAGAGGCAUGGCGGCGGUGGGUUUUGGGUAAGGGUGGUGACAUAUAUCUAUAAAUAUCUAGAUGGUACAACUCGCUGUGGUUUUUGGGGGCAUACAGUUAAGCGGCUUGGUUCAUGGCGUUUCUGAUCUUUUUCUUCUUUGGCGUUUUACAAGGAGCCACACAAAGUUUUACGAAUGCGAGGAGACAUAAUAUACCUGUAUCUGGCUAGCCAACCGACGGCUGUUACGGAUAAACAUUAUAAUACCGCCCUUGGAUGGCGUUGACACUGUCAAUAUAUUAUUUCCUGAA